AUGUUGCAGGCCACCAACCUGAUCAGUAAGAAGGAGUUGUUGACCAUGGACCCAGACACCGAUGAUGGUCAGCUGGUCUAUGAGGUCACAGCAGAGCCUAAACACGGCUUCCUAGAGAGCAAACUAAAACCUGGGGCUCCUAUCACCUCCUUCACACAAGCUGACGUUAACCUGGGCUUGAUCCGCUACGUGCUCCAUGAGGAGAGCGUGACAGAGACCAUGGACAACUUUAAGUUCCUGGUGAAGGACAGCAAGCCUAACGUUGUCUCUGAUAACCUCUUCCAUAUCCAGUGGUCCCUCAUCAGCUUCCAACACAGGAGCUACAAUGUGAGUGAGAAGGCUGGCACGGUGUCAGUCACAGUGAAGAGGACGGGCAACCUGAACCAGUAUGCCAUCGUGCUGUGUCGUACGGAACAGGGCACCGCCACCUCGACCUCCAGUGUGGGCUCUCGUCCCGGGCAGCAGGACUACGUGGAGUACGCUGGACAGGUCCAGUUUGACGAGCGGGAGGACACCAAGGUGUGUACCAUAGUGAUCCAGGAUGACAAGGUGUUUGAGGGCGUGGAGAGUUUCCAGGUGGAGCUUAGCAUGCCCGUCUACGCCCUCCUGGGUCAGGUGACCCACGCCAGCGUCAACAUCAACGACACAGAGGACGAACCCACGCUGCAGUUUGACAAGAAGAUUUACCACGUCAACGAGAGCACCGGCUUCAUACACGCCCCCAUAGAGAGGAAAGGUGACACCAGCAGUACGGUCUCAGCUCUCUGUUACACGGUCCCUAAGUCAGCUAAGGGUAGCAGUCUACACGGCCUGGAGUCUGGGUCUGACUAUAAGAGUCGAAGUAUGACUGGUGACAGCAGGGUCAUCUUCGGCCCCGGCGUCUCCAUGUCCACCUGUGACGUCAAGCUCAUUGAUGACAGCGAAUACGAACUCUCAGAGGAGUUUGAGCUCCACCUAUCGGACGCCUCGGAUAACGCCCGCAUGGGUGAUGUUAAAGUGGCAAAGGUGGUCAUUGACGGGCCAAAUGAUGCUUCGACGGUAUCCCUGGGCAACGCUACGUUUACGUUCAGCGAGGACGCUGGCACCAUAGAGAUUCCGGUGUUGCGGCAGGGGAGUGACCUGUCGUCAGUGACCUCUGUGUGGUGUGCCACGCGCCCCUCGGAUCCCCCCUCCGCCACCCCCGGGGUCGACUACAUCCCCUCCUCCAGGAAGGUGGAGUUCAAAGCUGGCAAGACUAUGGAGCUACCUGCCUCCUCUAACCUACUAGUCUAA